UAAACUCGUACUUCAAGUCUCAAAACAUUACCGAAUUAUAUUAUCAAAAUAUGAAGCACAAAGGGAAUACAACUGAAAAACAUUUGGGAAAUUGGGAAGAAUGUACACACGAGACAUCAAGAACUUAUACAUUGUCAACGAAAUGCAUCAAAAGCAAAUCAAAUUGUAAAAAAAUAUUUCAAAUUUCUUCAUCAUGCCGCAAUAUAUUUAUUUUAUUCACAAUAUCGUUCAUAAUGUUUGGAAAUAUAAAAGAAAUUUCAGCAACUUUAAAAAAUAAUUUUGAAAAAGAAAUAAGAAACGACAAAUCAGAAUAUGGUCAAAAAGAAUUGUGGAUGAUCGCAAUGAAAAGUUAUUUUGACGGGUCUCUGCAAGAGUUCGGAAUGAAAGAUAAAAUGUAUGAUUUUUUAUUGGAAAUGAAGAAAUCAAUAGAUAAAAAGGAAAAAGUAACAACCGAUAUUCCAUCCGAAGAAACGACAAAAUCAUGGUUGCAAUUUAUGGAAGAAGAUGCAAUGAAUAGCUACGAGGAGGAUACAAACCAAACCGAGUUGCAUAGAUUUAGGAGAGAAACUGGGGAAGGUAGUGGCAGCGGAUACGAACCGACUACCACAACGGAAGCAAGUAUUGAACAGACCACAGCCGAAGAAGAAGGCAGUGGUAUCACUACGGAAGCCAAUUCGGAAACAACUACCGACUAUCAGAAUAAUGAAACCAACACUACGCCAUUUUUGGAGACCUCGAGUGAACAAACGACAUUUGUGCCGAGUACUUCAUUUGAGAUGACACCACAGUCCCAAACCGCGGCAUCGACAGAGCAAACCACGUCACAAGAAGUAUCGAGUACUACAUUUGAGAUGACACCACAGUCACAAACCGAGGCAUCGACAGAGCAAACCACGUCACAAGAAAUACCGAGUACUACAUUUGAGAUAACACCUCAGUCACAGACCGUGGCAUCGACAGAUCGGCCCACGUCACAAGAAGUAUCUACUUCCGUUGAAACCACAACUUUCAGCGACUACACAACAGGUGAAUUAACAACACAAUCAGAUUACACCAAUCUGGUAACAACAACUUUCAAAACAGAAAUUACAACAGGAACUGAUGAAACCUAUUCAGACAAUACGACGCUUUCAACUACUCCAAUGAACGUCGAGGAAACAACAAACGAAAAAACAAGCACCAGUUCAUUCGAAAUAUCAACUGCAUCAUUCUUGGAUAUGUGCACAACUGAUCCAGAUAGUUGCUCCUCCGAUCAGUUUUGUGUCCAGACGUCAACAAUAAAGAAAUGCGAAUGCAGGCCUGGUUUAACGGCAGACUCGAAUGGCAUAUGCGACGAACCAGUGAAACAAUUUGGUGGGCAACUUCAUGUAGAUGUGGAAUAUAACGAAGAUCUUGACGACCCCUUUUCAGCUUAUUAUCAGGAACAAGAGGAAAUUUACAUCAAUGUAUUGAAAUUGGCCUACAAGGAUGAGACGUGGUACAUCGACGUCAAAAUUAUAGGAUUCAAACGAGGGAGUACAGUCGCUCAAUAUGAGCUCACAACAAAAGAUGACGAAUCCGUUAAUUCCUCAACAAUUGAAGAGUCUUUCGCAGUAUUUCUUACCAAUGAUACAUAUUUUCCUGAUAAUUGCACGUGCGACUCGGUGAAUUGUAGUACACAAGGAUUGGAUUUAACAGGACCUCUAAUAUCAGAUGAAUCUUGUAACGACGCAGGAGGUGCCACCACGGUGCUGUGCUCUCAGCCAACGACUUCUCAAUUCUGCGAGAAUUCUACAAGUUCCUGCGACGCAACCACAGAAGGAGUUAUAUACUGCAAUUGUAAAGCAGGAUUCGUUUCAAAUCCAGACACACCAAACUCUUGCAUAAAACAAAUUUGCCAAUUCAACACGAAUUCUGGCUGCAAUGCACCAUUCGGACAAUGCACAAAUACCGCAAAUGGAGUAGGACAAUGUAAAUGCAUGUGGGGAUUUUACGGAACCAAUUGUUAUGAGCCAUGGUUGUUCGUAUUUGUUGUUGUAAUAAGUGGGCUAGUUUUCAUCGCCAUAAUUGUUGUUGUGGUAUGUUGCAUAAAAAAGAGAAGAGCAAAGAAAUCGUGGAAAAAUUCGAUGAAUUAUUACGAUAAUGUUAUUUAUGAAAACGAUGGAAAGAUUUCCAGAGACGGACGAUACAAAAAUACAUACGAAUGGGAUCAACAAAUGAGUAGCGUCGUUCCCAAAUCAUACAAAGGCACGAAUCAAGAUUUUCAGCCAUAUGACAACACCUUGAGAGCCACAGAGGUGCACGAAAUCAGCGAUAGCAAUGGACAUGAUACCCCGGUAUCGCGAAAUGUUCAUGCUGAAACACAUAAAUUAGAUGACUGGAUAACAACAGAUGAAAAUUCAGAACAAAAUCCAAGACAAUAUGAAUACGCACAGGUGAAUCGAUCAUACCAAACAACGGAGGACAACGAGAUAGACCAGUCACCAAGAAAGAUGUCAACAUUCAGCCAAACCAAAUUUUGAUGAAGUCGAAGAGUUAAUUUAUCGAGUUUAUACUUGCUCUAUACUUGCCUGUUACACACAAUGCAAGAUUCAUGAACUAUGAAUGUGUUAUUGUAAUCCAAAACCUUUGUCAUAAAAGAAAGCAUAUGAAACGAACGACCAGUACGAAGCAAACGUUUUGAUAAAACAAUUUUUAUAUUUUCUACAUAUUCAGGCGAAUGAAGCUAGUUGUUUUUAAAGUCGACGCUGAUAUUUGCAGUAUAUUAUCCUAUUUAACACUAUUUUGUAUUGAUACUUAUAAUCUUUCAUUUCAACUAACACAAGCCUUAUCAAUUUUUCACUUUUGACUAUUUAUUUGUAUGAUCAUAAAACUCAUAUUGUAUAAUGUAUAUAUUCUAAUGCGAUUAACUGUCAUCAGAUUCAAAAAGAAAUUCAUGAGUUACACAGACAGCACUAAAAAACUCAUCUUUAUAUAUUCAAACAUAUGUAACUAAAACAGUACAUUACUGCAUUUUUAAAAUUGAACCUUUUUUUUUAAUUUUCGUUGCUAUUUGGUGAAAAAAUAAAUAUUAAUUUACACGCUUGUUUUAAUUUUCAAGUAAAAAAUUUCGGAUGAGGAAAAUAUUGCGUAAAGCAGUACCAAAUUGAGAUAUAAUUUUGUUCUAUUAUAGUGUUUUUGUAGUUGAAACAAAAAUUGUCCAUGCUUCUUCGAGGAAAGCUAUUCGAGGUAAACUUCUGCAUAUUGUACUUUAUUCGGUGUUCCCGUAGUAUUUGUACCAGAUUAAGUUCUUUUUCUGAUUUUCCUUAUUUUGGUUCCAUUACGAGUUACAGGACUGUCUGUGUUUGUCAAGCGAGUAUACCAGGGGGCCGAUAGGCUUCCGUCACUUUACACAACUCGGUGUAAAGUAGGCAAACAAAAUUAGUUACUUCUAUAUUGGUAAACAUACUUCUGGAGCGCCAUUUAUUUAAUUAUUCAUAAUUGACCCUGACGAAUGUUUAGUAUACGCAAAGCAAUACGAACAUUCAAAUAUCCUUUGCGCAUCGGUG